CUGCACACAAACUCACCAUCCAAUUUUUUUUAUUAAAUUCGAUAUAUAUAUAAAAAAUUAAAAUAUAUAAUUAUUUAUAUAUAUAAUAUCAAACAAAACACAAUAACAUAUAUUUAAUAACAUUUUGUAGUAAUAGUCCAAUAAAAAUCACAUUUGUGCAAUAGUAUUAUAAUUUAAAAAAAAAUAUAGUUUUUUUUUACUAAUUUAUCUGUUAAAAUAUAUUAAUAAUAAUUCCUAAAAAAAAACAUUGUAAAGAAUAGAAUAGAAUAAAAUAAAAGAAUGAAUCCAGAAUACGAUUAUCUCUUUAAAUUACUUUUAAUUGGUGAUUCAGGUGUCGGUAAAUCAUGUUUAUUAUUACGUUUUGCUGAUGAUACUUAUACAGAAAGUUAUAUUUCAACCAUUGGUGUAGAUUUCAAAAUUCGUACAAUUAAUUUAGAUGGUAAAAUCAUUAAAUUACAAAUCUGGGAUACUGCAGGUCAAGAACGUUUCAGAACUAUUACAUCAUCAUAUUAUAGAGGUGCUCAUGGUAUCAUUGUUGUUUAUGAUGUAACUGAUCAUGUUUCAUUCAAUAAUGUUAAACAAUGGAUGCAAGAAAUUCAAAGAUAUGCUUGUGAUUCAGUAACCCGUUUACUUGUUGGUAACAAAUGCGAUCUUAUUGAAAAGAAGAUUGUCGAUACCUCAACUGCCAGAGAAUACGCUGACUCUGUUGGUAUUCCAUUCUUAGAAACCUCAGCUAAAAGCUCAGCCAAUGUAGAACAAGCUUUCAUGAUUAUGGCCUCUGAAAUCAAGAAAUUACAAGGUGGUAUUCAACCAAAUAGUAACUCAACUUAUAACACCCACGUUGUUAAACCAACCGGUUUCACUCCAAUAGGAGGAAAGAAAAAGAAAUGCUCAAUCUUGUAAACAAUUAAACUCUAAAAAAAUCACCAACACCCCAAUGCUUAUCGUAAAGAUAAAUAUUUUGUUUUAAUAAUAUUAACCACCACCAACACCAAACACUUUUUAAAUUAUUCUUAGUAACAAAUAUUUCUUUAACAAAAGAGAUAUAUAAGAAAAAAUAAAUAACAAAAAAAAAAACUAAAAAAAAAAUAAAAAAAAAAAUAAAUUAACCAAUAAUAAAAAAAUUCUUUAUUUAUUU